AUGCUCCGAGAAUUUGUCAUUGUGUCAUUCUGUGUAAUUGGUGCAUUCUCUGCUGAAUUUGAGGAUGCCUUUAGGAGCUGUUAUCCCGAUGUCAGUGGAUUCGAUGCAUGUAUCAGGGAGGGCUUAAAUGCAGUCAGGCCCUAUUUCAAAACUGGUUUAUCCAAGUACAACAUAGCACCAUUUGAUCCAUUUUUUGCCAAGGAGACGACGGUCAAGAGGGGACUACCAAAUUUUGGAUUCAGCUUGACGCUGAGGAAUAUUACCGAGAGCGGCUGGACGGCUAGCAAAGUUACGAAAUUCGUCAGCGAUUUGCCUAAUUACAAAGUUGUUUACACUCAAAGUUUCCCAGCAAAGUUCUUGAAUGGUGAUUAUGAAUUCAGAGGGAAUAUUUUGGGCCCCAGGAUGAUCAACAACGGGAAAUUCACAUUAGAUUUGUAUGACCUCGUGCAGACCACCACAGUCACCAAACAACCGGGCUCGAAGUUAACUGUACGUGUGGAGGUUCAGACGAUUCGUGAUCUGAAACUUCACAUCACGAACCUGGUUCAAGGUCGUUCAUUUAUCGAAAACAUCGUAGAUAGGGUAAUCAACGGUGUUUGGCAACCAGGUUUUGUGAUGUCGCGUGGUAUCAUCAACGACUUGGUGUCCAACGCAUUCACCGAGAUUUUCGGAAGAGCAUUUUCCGAUUUUCCAUUUGAUAAAAUUGUCAGAAAGAAAUCUGUGAAGACUUCCUAA